UCAACUGAACGCACAUGGCAUUGAACCUAACUUUAGGUAACCAUCCUAAUCGAUAAGAAUUUAUAAUAAGAGUUUAAUUGAAACACGUGACUACGAGCCAUUCCUUCUCGCGUCCCGGCGCGUCAUGAAAUUCAAUUAAUUCAUUCACUUACCAAGAUCACAUACCUAUUUUACUCAACACCAAUUAUAGACCUCCUUACUUCCUAGUGUCUACGGUUUCAUUUCCGAAUCAACUGUCAUGAUUCCAUAAAACUUGGAGUUUUCUCAUUGUAUGCCCAAUUGUAUCGAUUGAUUUCAGCACGUGGGAGAAACAAGUAUUCACAAUGCCUCCUCAUCAGUCAUCUCGAGUUAAGAAGGCUAUCGUUGACAAAGCUACUACCGCCGCCGGGAUCGCCGCUCCUGCGAAAGGCACCCCGAAAUCCAAAUCGUCAAAGCGUCAAGCUGUCGAAGAACCGAUCGACGACGACAUCGACGAGCCUGUCGCUGCCGAGGAAGUUAAAUCUGCCAAAAAGCGGAAGGCAACCGAGAAUCCCGAGCACGUGGGCGAACCUGGUACCGAGGAACCAAAAUCCGGGAAGAAGCGAAAAACCACUACCAAGGCAAAAGCCGAAGACCUCAUGGCGCUUGCUAAGCGUACAAUAAUCAAUACUCUUAAGAAGUCCAUGUAUAUUGGUGCCCACGUCAGCGCCGCAGGAGGUGUACAAAAUUCAAUCAACAACGCCGUACAUAUUGGGGCGAAUUCAUUUGCUCUAUUCUUGAAGUCGCAACGCAAAUGGGUCAACCCUCCUAUAACGCCUGAGGCUCUUGACGGAUUCCAUUCCCUGUCAAAGGAACACAAAUUUGAGGUUCAUAAGCACUGCCUUCCACAUGGUUCCUAUUUAGUGAACCUGGCUCAAGCCGAAAAGGAAAAGGCGGACCAGGCAUAUACAUCCUUCCUAGACGACUUACAACGAUGCGAAUCGCUUGGUGUCAAGUUGUAUAAUUUCCACCCGGGAAAUACAAAUGGAGAUGCCAGGGCAGAUGCUAUCGGGCGGAUCGCCAAGCAACUCAAUAAGGCCCAUAAGGCAACGUCCACUGUAAUCACGGUAUUGGAAAACAUGGCCGGACAAGGCAAUGUCAUUGGCUGUUCGUUUGAAGACCUUCGUGACAUCAUAGAGCUUGUGGAAGACAAGAGCCGGGUUGGAGUUUGCAUAGAUACGUGCCAUGCUUUCGCCGCAGGUUACGACUUGCGCUCGCCAGAAGCUUUCGAAGAGACAAUGACCAAAUUUAAUAACAUUGUAGGAGCCUCGUACCUUAAGGCCUUCCACCUUAAUGAUAGCAAAGCGCCUUUUGACUCGCACCGGGACUUGCACGCCAAUAUCGGCACAGGUUUCUUAGGUCUUCGCGCCUUUCACAAUGUAAUGAACCACGCCGAAUUUCAAGGAAUGCCGAUGGUUCUUGAAACGCCCAUCGACCGUAAAGGCCCCGAUGGGAAGACCGUCGAGGACAAGCAAAUCUGGGCUGACGAAAUCAAAUUACUUGAGAGUCUCAUCGGUAUGGACACAGAUAGCGAUGAGUUCAAAGCCCUUGACAAGCGUCUACAAGCUGAAGGCGCUUCCGAGCGCGCGAAGAUUCAAGAUCAAGUUGAUCGUAAAAGCGCGAAGGAUGCAAAGAAAGGCGGCCUUGCUGCCAAGAGACGAGGCAAGAAGAAAGCUAAAGCAUCUGAUGAUGAAGAUUCAGAUUAAAUCAACAAAACAAUUCACGUCCUAAUCCAGUGUAACUAAAGAUUUCAGGUUAUGUAUUUCAUAAGUGUUCUAUUAUUGAUCUGGAAAAACUAAGGCAAGGCGUAUUGGGUAUGGGUAUGUAAAAACAACGUAGCUAAUUCCACCCGAACCCUCGUGCGAAAAGGGGAUUAAAAAC